UCUUGUUUUUCCUGACGGCUCCAAGAAACAUGUUGCAUAUUCUUGUGCUUCAGUCGGUGGCGUUACUUUUGGGAGUAGUCGACUGUCGAGUCUUAGAGGGAUUGCAGAGAUAUUCCUCCUUCCCCACAUACCUGCCCGUCAACUAUCAGCUGCUCAACGCAGACUUGGCAUUUUUCCUGAAGGAAGCCAACCAGGACUUCAUGAGGAACUCUAGCCUGAUGUCACGAACUGAGCCCUUCUUCAUCUACCAGGCCAGAAGUCUGCCCUCCGUGAACACGAGCUAUGGGCCUCUCUCUGUGGAGCAACCUGUCCCGUUGGAGCUCCUACAGAGCCCGGGGACCUUUCCUGCCUCAUCUGUUUUUACCUUUAACUGGAAGGUGCAGACCUUUAUCAUGAACACCCGGAUUCACUUGGCCAAGCCUAGAGUCCAGGUGCUGUUUUAUGUUGCAGGCAGAGACUGGGACGACUACAGUGCCAUCGACAAGCUGCCCUGCGUGCACAUGUUUGCUUUCCAUGAAACCCAGGAGGUGCGUGGUACUUGCCAGCUGAGGGGAGAACUUGGGCUGUGUGUGGCUGAACUGCAGCCGCUUGCCAGCUGGUUCAGCCCGCCCAGUGUAGUGCCAGGACGCCAGAGGAACCUCGAAGUGUCCGAGGGCACCCCGGUGGAGCUCUACUACAUGCUGCAGUCCACAGAAGCAGGAGAGUGCCACUCAGAGGAGUCCAGGAAGGACAAUUUCAUCCGCUCAAGCCAGGAAGGGCUGUUUGGUUCCUACACUUCCACUCCGCUGAGGAGGAUUGGCGGUGUGAGGCUCUACCAGAACCCUACCGAGCCCCCUCUUGCUGAACACAGACUGGAUAAUAACUUUAUGGUCAUGGUGCCAGCCACACCCAUGAGACAGAGGGAAACCGUGUCUGCUUUUAUCACUGUGUCAGCAUACUCUCCUGUGGAGAUGUUUACUCUCAGAGUGAAGUUGAAAGAAGGAGUGACGUUUCUCGGGGCUCGUCCCAGCAACCCCACUCAGUGGAUAGUUAGCCAGGAUGUGAGGAGCGAAGGCCACCGAGUGGUGACUCUUCACUGCCGCAGGAAGGAGUCCAGCUAUGAUCAGCAAAGGUCUGAGAUGGGAGUUCAAAGGGUGCUCCAGGUGGAUCUGAAAAUGGAAAGCUUCCCAGAGCCGACGGGCAGCCGCUGGAUGGCCUGGCAGGUGGAGUACUCGGCCAGCCGUGCUGCCUCGCAAGAGGUGGAGACGGAGAUCCGCCUGGCACAGGAGGACCUGGCGGGCAUUGUGCCUCUGGCCAUGGAUUCAGAGAUUCUGAACACCGCCGUCCUGACUGGGAAGACCGUGGCUGUCCCAGUGAAGGUGGUGACCAUCGGGGUAGACGGCUCCGUUACCGAUGUCUCUGAUGCGGUGAAGUGCCGCUCGACAGACGAAGAUGUGGUCAAGGUGUCUGACAGGUGCGACUAUGUUUUUGUGAAUGGCAAGGAGAUGAAGGGCAAAGUGAAGAUGAUGGUGAACUUCACCUAUGGAUAUCUGAGCGCUCAGCUGGAGCUCAACGUGUGGAUCCCUCGUCUCCCUCUCCAGAUUGAGGUGUCAGACACUGAGCUGAGCCAGAUCAAAGGAUGGAGGGUGCCCAUCGCGGCCACCAGUCAGAGAUCCACAAGGGACAGCGAGGACGAGGACGAUGAUGACAGACGAGGGCGCAGCUGCACUCUGCAGUACCAGCAUGCCAUGAUCAAAGUCCUGACCCACUUUGUAGCUGAGUCAGCGGAUCCUCGAGGCCAGACCAGCUACAUGCUGGGCACGGACUGGCAGGUGGACAUUACAGAGCUGGUGUGGGACUUCCUGAAGGUUGAGAAACCCCAGAUUGCACAGCUGCUGGACAGGAGGAUACUGGUGGGACUCGACGUGGGGAUGACCACUAUCCAGGUGUUGUCUCCUUUGUCAGACUCCAUCCUGGCAGAGAAGACCGUCACAGUGGCAGAUGACAAAGUGACCAUCUCAGAGUUGUGGGUCCAGCUGGUGACGGGCCUCUCCAUGAACCUGCAGCUCAGUCCAGGAAGCAACAAGGCCAUCCUAGCUACUACCACCACACAGGAGGUUCUGCAGAGUCCCAAACAGGAGGCCCUGAUCAGCGCCUGGCUACAGUUCAGUGACGGCUCUGUGGCGCCGUUAGACCUCUACAAUUCGGACUUUUUCGUCCUGACAGCCACGUCCCUGGAUAAGGAAGUGGUGACAGUGAAACAGGACCCCUCGUGGAAAUGGCCUGUCAUUGUAACGGAGGCGGAGGGUCAAGGCCUGCUGGUCAGGGUGGAAAUGACUGUUUGUGAGGUCUGCCAGAAGUUCAAGCGUCGCAGCAUCCUAGCAGCGGGGAACUGUAACGUCAGGGUGAGGUUUGGUCAUGGUGACAGCUCAAGGGGAGGGAGCAGCGACUAUGGCCCUGAUGGAGAUGAUAUGGAGAACAGGGGCAGGCUCUCCUCCACCCAGGACAGGACCGGCCUUGACACUCACUACUACGGCAGCUCCAUCUCUGACAUGGAGGAUGGGGUGUUGAGGAGAGCCACCACUACUAGGAGCGCAAUAAUGCGUCGACCCAAUGGGGAUAAACUUUCAGAUGACGGUAGCCAGAACAUGCCAAUUGACUUUGCCGACUUCCCUGCACAAGUAGACCUGCCCCGUGGUCGCAACAUGGACGACGACCUCGUUCAGACCGCUCGUGGGCUCACAGACCUGGAGAUUGGCAUGUACGCCCUACUUGGGGUCUUCUGCCUUGCCAUCCUGGUGUUUCUUAUUAAUUGCAUUUCCUAUACCCUCAAAUACCGCCACAAGGAGCUCUCCAUCGAGGGCCAGGAGAACAUGAACCAUGCCCAUGAUUGGGUGUGGCUGGGGAACGAAACGGAACUGCUGGAGAGCCAAAUCAGCCUUUCGCCCCAGCAGGAGGAACAGACCUCCAUGAUGGACUCGAGCAGCGGCCUCGAGGAAGGCAGCCACCUGCUGAACGGAGGCUCUGCCCAGAAGAACGUGCAGAGCCAAGUGCACCGCGCGGCGGACGCGAGCAGCAUAUCCAAGGACAGCAAAGGAGACUCCCCCACCACCAAGAGGAAGCGAGUCAAGUUCACCACAUUCACCACCAUCCCCUCGGACAAUAGCUACCCCACUGUUAACACACUGACUGGAAGCCACAGCCAGGACAUUAAGUGGGUGUGCCAAGACGUGCAGCUGGGAGACUCCAAGGAGUUACGCAAUUACAUGGAAAGGUUAAAUGACAGUGCUUUAAAAGAGGUGGCAUAAUGUACUGUGCACACUUGUA